GGCGGUAUAAAAGUGGAGUGCACGAGCGCCGCGCCUCUGAUUUGACGAUAUGACGCCGCUCGCCACUUUGUUAUUACUGAGCGUGUGUGGCGCGCUGGCGCAGUAUGCGGAGGACCGGGCGCCGCGCUACAUCGCCUCGGAGCCCAAAGUCGCCUCCACACCCGUGCCUAUACUCAAACAGAUCAACAGGCAUCACGAAGACGGUUCUUAUACUUAUGGAUAUGAAGCCGCCGAUGGGUCGUUCAAAAUCGAGACAAAGUCACAGGCCGGUGAAGUUAAAGGCAAAUACGGAUACAAAGACGACACCGGAAAAUUACGUGUGAUCGAGUACGGCGCCAACAAAUACGGAUUCCAGCCGGCAGGCGAAGGCAUCACUGUCGCGCCACCAACUCUCGUCGAUGAGUCUACCCGGGAUGAAGGACUACGGCCCGGCAAGCAACAGCAGGGUGGCAGGUCCCAGUACAGGGCCCCAGCGCAGGCGCAGUCCAUUGACUAUGACUAUGAGGAGCCAGCCCCUGCACCACGUCCAGCGCCUCGCCCCGCGCCACAGCAGCAGUACCGUCCGGCUCCUCAGCCGCAGCCCCAGCAGCAGUACCGGCCAGCACCUCCCCCACAGCCUCAAUACCGCCCGGCACCUCCGCAGCAGCAACAACAGUACCGCCCGGCACCUCAGUCAGCACCCACACCUCCUAAGCCACAAUUCUUCGCGGGUGCAGCGCCCACUCCAGUAGAGCAGGACAACUUUUUCAGUCCGGAGCCCCAGCAGAGACAGCACAAGCCCAAGCAAGAGUUCAGGCCGGCCCCUCAACCUCAGCAGUUCGCCUCAAGGCCGCAAGAGUUCAACUCUCAGUUCGAUCAGGCACCGGCCAGGUUCCCAACACAGAACCAGAUCCCACAACAACGACAGUCCUUCUCCAUGCUCGAUCAACUACUAAAGGAGUACGCUUUACCCCAAGGAGGUUCAGCACCUCUCCACGAUAUCAGCUUCGGGUCCUACUAGUUUCUGAAUUAACGAAUUUUUUUUAUAUUGUAAAUAUUUAGUGUAUUUUUUAAUUAAAACCAAAAAAAACUUUUGGUUUUAUAUAAAUACUACAAUUGAACACGAGUUUGCUCAAAUGUAGCAUUUUUAAGAAAGCUAAG